AGGGUCCCCGUGGUGCCCGGGUCCCCGCCCAGCCUCACCCGCAGCUCCCGGCCCAGCGGCAGCUCCUCAGUCCUGCGGUGCCAGCCGCUCCAAAUGGUGUAGAACGCCGAGCCCACGGCCAGCGCCAGCAACAGAGGCAAGAGCCGAACCCGCGGUAGCAGGCGGCGCUUCGGCGGCAAGAGUGGCUCCAUAAGUCCACGUUCCCCGAGCCGCAGGCGGGGCCGCCCGCGGCCCCCAGAACGCAUGGCCGCUUUGCCCUGAAACCUGUACCAGACCACGGAUUGAGUUUAGGCCCAGCCAAGUUCCACCCCAUGGAAUCGGUGGGCCAAUAAGCAACAGCUGCGGCUGCACCAGCCCAUCCCACAGCGAGCAGCGAAACCAAUAAGAACUACGGUCCUGAGGACACGCCUCCCAGCCUCUCUUGGGUAUUUGGGUUGGUUCCCCUGAGAAUGGCACGACCCAAAUGGGAGCGCAAGAGAGGCGCCAACGGAAGUGGGUCGCAGGAAGAGGAAGUCCCGCCUCUCUUUCCUCGGGCGGCAGCAACGCGGAGGAAACGGGAGUGAACGGAGAGCGUAUUAACCAUCAUGAGCCUCCUCAACAAGCCCAAGAGUGAGAUGACCCCAGAGGAGCUGCAGAAGCGAGAGGAGGAGGAAUUUAACACCGGUCCACUCUCUGUGCUCACACAGUCAGUCAAGAACAACACCCAAGUGCUCAUCAACUGCCGUAACAAUAAGAAACUCCUGGGCCGCGUGAAGGCCUUCGAUAGGCACUGCAACAUGGUGCUGGAGAACGUGAAGGAGAUGUGGACUGAGGUACCCAAGAGCGGCAAGGGCAAGAAGAAGUCCAAGCCAGUCAACAAAGACCGCUACAUCUCCAAGAUGUUCCUGCGCGGGGACUCGGUCAUCGUGGUCCUGCGGAACCCGCUCAUCGCUGGCAAGUAGGGGCCGCCUAUCCGUCGACAGAACUCACUCCUCUGUCCUAUGAAGACCGCUGCCAUUGGUGUUGAGAAUAAUAAAGCUCUGUGUUUUUUUCUA